AUGAGUGAGACGGAUAAGGAAAAGCUCAUGGCUUGGGCUGAAGACUACAUUGCAUAUGCCCAGGGGUUUGGAGAUCCCAAGGCUAUGAGUGAGACGGAUAAGGAAAAGCUCAUGACGUGGGCUGAAGACUACGUUGCAUGUGCCCAGAAGCUGGAGGCGUGGUGGAUGCCGGCUCCCACUAUGGUUCGGUGGCUUGUCAUCAGCAACUCGCACGUGCUUAAGACAGCCCUUCGACUCAAGUACCCUGACAAGGUGGUGAUUUCAGAUAUCGUCCCUCUACAUGCCAACAUUCUGACACCCACUUCUGAUACCAAUUCCUCCUCGGCAUCCUCGUCAACACAAGCUACCAAGGCGAAGGGAGCAUCAACCUACAUUGAUAUUGUCGUGGACUGGCUGCUUUUAGCAUCAACUGAUGUUCUUCUGUUAUCUCACUCGGGGUUUUCCCAUUCCGCAGCAUUCUUCUCGCAACGCCUAACGUCUGCCUAUGUCCCGAAACAUUGCAACCCGGAAAUUCCUGUGGAUACGCGCGCCAUAGGGCGAAUCUGGAGUGGAAUAUGA